AUGAAUCAUAGAUACAUUUUCCUUCUACAAAUUAUUUAAAACAUCUGGUGGAUUGUUGAAAUGUUAUUAAUUUAAAAGACAUCAAAUUACACAAAUUACUUUUUGUGUUCUUUAUGUAUAAUAACAAGGCUGCUUGCCUCUAUUAUCUACCUUAAAAAGUAUUAGUAACAUGAUCGAUUCAUUCUCAUUACUACAUUAGCUAAUAAUGUUUGCUACACUGAGGCCAAUAUUAACUUUGAAAGUAAGAAUUUAUAUUUAAAUCAUAUCAAUACUUUAAUCAUCCUUUUAAAUUAUAUGGAGGCUCAAACUUUAAUAAAAAAUUAAGCUCUAGACUUAUUUUCAAAAUUUACAUUUCCAACUUAUAUUUUAAUGAGAUUGAUAUCCUUAAUAUUUAUAUAGUUUGAUAUUCAAUUAUGUGAGGCUGCAUCUUUAAUGGCCUUAUUUUUAUGUGUGUAUUUUUCAAAUUAAAAUUCCUCAGUAAAUUCAACUUCAUCUAAUCCCAAAUUGGAUUAAUCCUUAUAAAAUUGUUCUGCAUCUUUACAUUAAUCAUCAGCUAAGUAAGAGAAGCGUCUUACUAUUAAUUCAAAUAAAUUGAUACUUUAUCCUGAUAAAAAUUCAUAACCAAGAAAUAGUUUUUAAAUUAAUAUAAAAGAUUCAUAUAGAGAAGAAAGCGCUCCUAUACCGACUUUUCAUUCAAAACUUAAACCUGGAUUUAAAAGUUCAUAUUCGCAUUUAGUUGUGGAUAAAAAUGACCCUUAACUUUAAAAUUUUUAUUAAAAUCUUGUAAAUGUUUUACCUGAAGGAGUUUUAAUGUUAAAUAAAUUUUAGUAAAUUUAAUUCAUAAGCUCUAAAUGUGAAAAACUAUUAGAAUGCGAUGGAAAAGAAAAAGUUGUAGAAUAUAUAAAAAAAUGUUUAUCGAAUUGUGAUUUACCUGAAGAAGUUUAAUCUCUAACAAGAAUCAAAAAUAAAUUGACUUAAAGAGUUUUAGAAGAAAUUAUCAGAACUUAUAAAUAAGAUUAAUAAGAAUUAGAUAUUUUUGAUGUCUUAUUAAAUCCAAAUAAAUACAUAUAAGCAGUAUUAGCUAGAUAGAAUGUAUCAUUUGAAUAAGAUAGAAGUAGUUCUGGAUCUAUUUAUUAUUCUGAUCCUUCUACAUUAGAACAUACUUUUUGCUUUGAAGGUUCUAUAGAUAAAGAAAAAAAUGAUUAAUCAAAAAAACUUAAAUUCAUUUUAGUUUAAACAUAAAUGACUUUAACUUAGUAAGAAGCAAUAUCAUAAAAUGGAUUAACCAAUUCAAAAAAAUAAGCAUCUCACGAUGUACCAUAACCUAUGUUAUUAAUAUUAAUUAAAAAUACAACACAUAAAAAUAGAGUAAGAGAAUUAAAAGAAGAACGAUUAAUUAAUAAUUCACUUCUAAAAUCAUUUUCACAUGAAUUAAGAACCCCUUUAAAUAGUUGUUAAUAUAUGCUGAAUCUAAUAAAAGAAGUUUCAAAAGAUGAUCUUAUACACACAUAUUUAAAUACAGCAUCAAGUUCAAUUAAAUUAUUAAUUUAUUAAAUUAAUGAUAUAUUAGAUUUUGCAGCCAUUCAAUCAAAAUCAUUCUCUUAUCAUACUACAUCAUUUUGUCUCAAAGAUCUCAUUUAAGAAAUUCAUGAUUUAUAUGAUCAAUAAACAGAAUUCAAAAAUAUCAAAUUAGAUAUCGCAUAUGAUUAAUCAUUAUAAAAUCAAUUUUUUAUAAAUGAUAAAUAAAGAAUUAUGUAAGUUUUAGUUAAUUUAUUAAAUAAUUCAUGCAAAUUUACAAAACCUGAAGGUGAAGUAUCUUUAUUAUUUAAAUAAAUAAAAGGUAAUUUGAUUGAAGUAACUGUUAGCGAUGAUGGAAUAGGAAUUUAAUCAAAUAAACUUGAAUAAAUAAGAAAAACAUUUUGUAAACCUUCUUCUAAAGUAUCUAAUGAAUCUGGCCUUGGAUUUGGACUUAAAAUAUCUGGUAAACUUGUAAAAGGUUUAACAUAUAAUAAAAAUUAUCUAGAUAUCAAUUCUAGUCAUAAUAAUGGAACUAAAGUUUCUUUUUUAUUUUAAAAUUAAGAAAUUAUGAAUUAAGAUUUUUUAUUAUCUCCAUAACCAAGUAAUAUUACUGGAAGAUUUGAAUUAUUAUCACCUGGUUCUUCUUAAUAAUUACUUUAAAAAUCAGAACUAUCAUAAUCUUUAUAAAAAGGAUUGCCAUAUAAAUUUGAAAGUCCUUAAAAUGAAUCAACAAUAUUAAAAGAACAUGUAGAAAGUCCAAGAAUAAAUGAAGAUUAAUCAAAUUAAGUUAUUAUUCCAACAAGUUCUUAUCAUUUUAAAAAUACUUUUGCUAGACAUCAUAAAAAAUAAAGUUCACUUUAAUCUUUUUAAGUUAAUGUAAAUAAUUGUGAAAAUUGUUCUUAAAUAUUAAUUGUUGAUGAUAUUCCAUUUAAUUAAAUUGCUUUCAUUUAAAUGCUUAAUCAUUUUAAAAUUAAAGCUGAAUCUGCUUUUGAUGGGUACUAAGCUGUGGAGAUGGUUAAAUAGAAAUUGACAAAACAUUGUAAAUUUUAUAAAUUAAUAUUUAUGGACAUUGAAAUGCCUGGCUAAAAUGGUUUCUAAACUUCUAAAAUUGUAAAACUCACCCUAUAACUAGAUUUCAUAAAUUCCAGGUGUCUAAUCUAUAAUUGUUAUGUGUUCUGCAUAUGAUACUGUUGAAAAUUAUAAUUUUGCCCAACAAGUAGGUAUAACUGAAUUUCUACCAAAACCUGUUAAUAAGAAAGACUUAGAUAAAAUCUUGAAAAAGUAUUUAUUCAAAAUAUGA